AUGAACCAUUUAAUGGUGGAAGCUCAAGGGAAUCUAGGGGGUACCACCGGACUCUGUGAGCUCAAUAUAUCGGUUAGCCCUGGAAACAUCAACGUCUCAUCCGAGCAAGUGCAUCUACUAAAAUAUUUAGACGCACACGCACAGGAUCUGGAGCUAUGCCGCCCCGCGGCGCGCAUCAUCAAUGAAACCGGCAUAUCCUUUUCCUUAGUGACGCCCUCAGACAGCGUCGUCACUGUAGGUGACCAGCACGAGUUGGCGCUGCAAGAGCUUUUGCAGCCCAAUCAGCUCUUGGAUAUUCGGCGUGAUGGGGAUAGUAUUGACCACGUCUUGGUGGAUAAGAGCGACGCCGCUGUGCAAAAUCUCACAACCCCCGAUACGUUCUACGCCAGCACUAAUGUUAUUGUGUUCACAAGCGGUAUUCGACUUCACAUGGUAAGUGUGAUGGAUUGUCACUUCACCCAGUGCGUAUGGGUGCGCACGUUGGUGUUGGUGAAGAAUGAAACGACUUACCGUCUGAUAUUCACUUCGGACGACUCUUUUGGUUUGCGCAUCGUGGGAUGUGGGGCGAUAUCUUGCCUUCCGGAGAGUUUACUGGAUUGUAAGGGGCUGAACUUGGCCUUGUCGUUUGAUGAAGACGACAGUUCUAUUUCACUGAAGGAGCCUUUGUGGCAUAGUAUGAGUGCGUUGGACUGCGUGAGACUCGCUUACGCGCAAGAAGCUCCACCCCCGAGUGUAGCGAUGGAGUUUAUAUCCCAAAAAGACGCCUCCAGUCACUUUGUGACUCUUGAUUUUGAGCUCACUGGCAACGGUGGCAUCAUCAUGUUUGUACAUCUUUCACAGCCUAUUGUUGUGAACCGGACCUGUUUCCCAGUUGUGGUGGAGCUCUUUGGGACGUCUUCCUUGUCGGGGCAUGCGAUCUUAUUCAAGAUUGAUCCUGGCGCCUCAGCGAGUGUUUGCUACCUCAAUCCAGCCAUUUCACACCCUAGUCGAGUGAUCAUUGAUGUCAACUCCAGUCUUUACCAAUCGUCCAGAGACUUGGAGCUGUGUUCUCUGCCGCAGGCCGACGGCAACACAAGCGUUGACUUUGUCGUGAAGCACUGCAAAUACCCCCUACGCUACUUUUUUGAGCUGACCGCAACUUAUGAACCUCGCCCCUAUCCUGGGAGGAAGACUACGGCAUGGGUUAUUUCGGCUAGCAGCCAUGCAUUCAUCCGGAACGAGUGUGAAGUAGACAUUCUGAUUUUGUCGACCUCAAGUGGGACUCCCACCGGUAGUCUCCCGGCAGACGGUUUGCGGAGCCGCUCUGGGGGCCAAAACCUUGGCUACGUCCCGUUUAACCAUGGCCUACGCUUGAAAGUCCAGGAGUUACUCUUUUCUGAGGAAUUUGAGAUUAUCCCCAACUUUGCUGGGGCCUGUAUUCAAUGCGAGUCGAAGGAAUCCAACGGGUCAGCACCUGUCAGCCACGCUACCUAUUUCUUGUUGCGCCCCAUUGCACACAGCGAAGGUCGGUUCUUCGACAUCAUGCCACCAAUGAUGAUUGUCAAUCAGCACCCUUCAUUGCCUUUAUACGGUUGCCAUAUGGUCCGGGAAAGUGAUCAGACGGACGAUGCUGAUGAUAACGGUUCAGUGCUCGUGUCCACCUUUCAGGUUGAUGCGAAUACCCAGAAGCAGUACUAUGGCAUGGCGAAGGAUGGUUACUCCAGCUACUUUCCCGUUAGUUUUGACAAUCAAACACCGCAUUCCUUUCUCAACAAGACCGACCUGCUUCCAAACACCUCAUGGAGGGGUUACAUGGAGUAUAGGGAUUCCCUUUAUUGCAUAGACAUCACCCGAAAAGGGCUUUACGACCCUGUCACAAUGGUCAUUGGUGGGCCACAGCCCGCACUGCUUCGGGUUGUGAAUCUGACCACGGUUGCCUUUCGUGAGGUGGACGCGUUGAUGGUGAAUUCGCCAAGCUCGUCGCAUCCAGGUGACAGAGAGUUGGUGCUGACCCAUGCAAAUGACAGCGGCGCUCGGCUACGCAUUUCGUUGCUGGGUGAUCACGAUUGUGCGGAUGCCUUGGAUUCCUCAUCGACAUCCUUUUCAGUUGGUGUCCGAACAGUAGUGGGAGAUCGCGAUCGACCCACAAUAGUGCUCCUGUUCGAUCCGAACGUUGACAUUUUUGUUCAUAAGGACGUCUUGAUUCUGCCUGAAGAAAGACAGUACCUCGAGUUGCGCUUGGAGGCAAAUAUUUUCAGGCAAUGCUUGAACUUGCGUGAUAAGGCGUGCGUGCCCAUGCAGCUGAAGCUGGAGUCUUUAUCCAUUUAUAUUGCUUAUACAAGAACCCUUUCGGUGCAAUGCACAGCCACUGGGCUCAGCAUUCGCAACAUGUGCGAUGGUGAUCAAAUCAGUGUUUUGGAGCCGUUUGAGCUGAACAUGACGGUGCGGGACGCCACCUGGAGUCUCUGCUCUGUGAAUGUUAACUCAUUUCAUACCAGUGUCAGUCCUAUCAACAUUACUAUUUCCGAUUGGUUUGUGUAUCAACUACAACAAUUUUUUGAACAAUGCAGGCUUGUGCUCCCGGAAGACUCUGCGGCCUUUAUACACGAUUCCUGUAAAGCGGUUCCUUUAUUGGAACAGACCGGAUCACUGCGCUACAUUAGUGCGGACCAGGCAACUAUAUCAGCAAUUCCUGUUGAGAUCAGUUGGGAUCGAAGUGUAGCCCCACCGACCGAUUAUAUCCUUGGUAAUUCCACAUUAAGCCUUUUUAUACCAUCACUUCAUCACGCUCGUUUUGUCCUUCCACGUGUGCAGUUCAAAAAGCUCAUUACGCCUUCGCUGAAUCAGCUGAUCACUACAAUCCAGCAGUUAUUCCUAACCGAAGCACUGAAACAGUUACCGCAGAUUGUAGCUAGUGUCGGCUUCUUCAAAAGCGACAGUUCUCUUAUCCAGCGCAUAGGUUCAGGUAUCACCUCUUUCUUUUCUUGGACCUCGAAGCAAGGAAGCAAAACCCCUCAUGACGCUUCUCUGCUUUAG